CCACGAUCACGUCCAAAUACUAGUUGGAGCAGACGAAGCGGCAACGGACCCGAGUGUGCCUAAUCUUCCAUUUGACGUCCAAAUCGCACAACGGUUUUCAUAUUCUACACCCAAAACCCGCAGCGGACUCCAUUGAAACUCUAUUAUUGUAUCGUCAAGCACUUCACAGUGACCAUAAAUGAUCAUGGAUGAGCUUCAGGAUGUACAGCUGACUGAGAUCAAGCCUCUCCUAACCAGUAAGAAUGCACGCAACUUUCAGGAUUUUGACUGUCAGGAGCAUGACAUUGAGACACCUCAUGGCGUUCUUCAUGUGACAAUGAGGGGUGUUCCCAAGGGCAACAGACCCAUCAUCCUCACCUAUCACGACAUUGGCCUCAAUCACAAGUCAUGCUUCAACACCCUGUUCAACUAUGAGGACAUGCAGGAGAUCACACAGCACUUCGCCGUGGUCCACGUGGAUGCACCUGGCCAGCAGGAGGGCGCACCCCCAUUCCCCAGCGGCUAUCGCUAUCCAACUAUGGAUGAGUUGGCUGAAAUGCUGCCCUCUGUGAUGACUCAUCUUAAGGUCAACAGCGUUAUCGGGAUUGGCGUGGGAGCAGGCGCAUACGUUCUCUCCCACUUUGCUCUGAACAAUCCCACGCUGGUGGAGGGGCUGGUGCUCAUCAAUAUCGACCCAUGUGCUGAAGGUUGGAUCGACUGGGCAGCUUCAAAAUUGUCUGGAUGGACUAGUAACCUGGUUGAUAUUGUCAUGGCUCAUCAUUUCAGCAGUGAUGAGCUAACAGAGAACCAGGAGCUAAUCCAGACUUACCGGUUACAUAUCGCCCAAGACAUCAAUCAAGAUAACUUGGCCCUCUUCUGUGGCUCCUACCAAUAUCGCCAGGACCUGGACAUCGAACGGCCCAUCGUAGGUUUGAAUGAGCACACCGUCAACACACUAACGUGCCCAGCUUUGCUGGUGGUUGGUGACACAUCACCUGCUGUGGACGCUGUGGUGGAGUGCAAUUCCAGGUUAAAUCCAACAAAGACCACUCUCCUGAAGAUGGCUGAUUGUGGAGGCUUGCCCCAGGUUGUGCAGCCAGGGAAACUUGCUGAGGCCUUCAAGUACUUUGUCCAGGGAAUGGGCUACAUGUUCGGUAGAACUGGUAACUCUCAGUAGGUGAGGUGUGAGGAUGACUGAAAUGACGUGGAUGCUCGAAGUGCUGAGCAAUGUUCCAUAUCCUGUUCAACACAAAAAAAUACUCUUUGGGUUUUGUUUGGUGUGCCUUCCUUUUCUAUCAAAACUGUCUCUCCUUGCAGUGCAAUGUUGAACAGGCCAAGUUUUAUCUGUACAAAUUAAACAAAUGUACAUGCUAGUAUGCAUUCUGAACGAUCCAAGUUCAGAGUACUGAAACUAUGUGAAAGCACUCAGUCAUUUGGAACACAGUAGGCGGUCAACCACACUGAAUAUUCAGCUGUUCCCUCUGAGUGAGACACUCAUUUUUUUGCCAACUGUCCCAUACACUCACUGGAGACUUCUUUACAUGAGAUGCGCUUCUAAUGUUUUGCCCCUCUCAUAAAGUACCCAUUAAUACUCUUACAAUACUCUUUCUGUUCUUGUAUUAGAUUUCAUUCAUGAAAGUGUGCAAAAAAUUAAUUGAGUGUAUAUUGUUGAUUGGCAUGGGGAAAAAGGGUUCCUGCAAAUAAAUUCACUUGCUUUCUUGAUCGAGUGCUUGCUCAUGUGUGAAGCUGCUUAUGAUCCUACUGUUUACAGAUAUCAUCUGUAGUUCAGUUUCAAUGCAUAUUUUACAGAAUAGGCAAGGCACAUUUAUUUGUAUAGCACAUUUCAUACAUACAUACAUUUUAACCUGGACUUAAAAAUAUUUACACUUGGGGAUGACUUCUUCUGUUGGCAACUGAUCCCAUUUGUGUGCAGCAUCACAACUAAAUUCUGCUUCACCAUGUUAGGUUUAAACACUUUGCUUCUUUAUCUGACCGGAGUCUGCAGAUCUCAGAGCCCUACUAGCAUUUCUUUAAUGUAUUCAGGAUCCAAACAAUUCAGUGAUUUACAGGCCAGUGGCAGAACUUUAAAGUUUAUCUUAUAGCUGACUGGGAGCCAGUGUAAAAACUUGAGAAUUGGAGUAAUAGGCUCUGAUUAGGCCUGUCACGAUAAUUAUUCAAUCGACUUAUCGUUCAAUAUAUAAAAUGGACAUUUUUCUGGACUCGAUAAAUUCAAAUUUUUGUGGUAACACAAGAUGACGGUGUGUUGGACUGCUCCACUACGAAGUGGCCUGCUAUUAAUGGCUAGCCUUGAACGUACUAGCUGCUGCUGGGCUAGAUAUUUUAUUUAUUGUUCUACAUUUCAAUUCCAAUGUUCUGUGUUCUUUAGAAUUAAAAGUAAAUUGAAAAAGGAUGUACUUGAAUUAUUAUGCUCUAAUAACAUCAGUGCCAUAAAAAAACAAUACUAUCGUUUAUCGUGAUAUUUUUGGGGGAAAAUAUAUCGUCCCAAAACAUUUUCUAUUGUAUCGGGCCUAGCUCUGACCUCUUUGUUCUGGUCAGAACAGCUGUUUAUUACUCUUUUGGGGGAGUCCAGUCAGAAGACCAUUAAAAUAGUCAAGUCUCCUUGGAGAUACAAACAUGGAUGAGCUUCUUCUGAUCUGCUUGGAACAUGCAACCCUUCACUCUGGAUAUGUUCUUCAGCGGGUAGAAGGCUGUUUUGGUGAUUGAUUUGAUAUGACUGCUCAAUGUCAGAUCAGUACACCAAGGUUAUAUAGUAAUAGGAGUAUAGUAACUGUAUCAACACCAAUACAGCUAUACAUGUUCAGAACUUCAGAAGGUACAAUGUAUAUGUUUUGAACGUGAUCUUUUAUAUAUGUAAAAAAAAAAAAAAAAAAAAAAAAAAAGACUUAUCGAGCAAUAUUUCAACCCUGCUCUUUUUCGACUUAGAUUCUACGAGAUUUGCUGUGCAUUUGGAACUGCAUUUUUGUAAUCAUGACAAAUCACGCUAAACAUGUGGAGGCAUGUUUAAUAUUAGGUAUGAACUUGUGUUUGCGUAAUUUAGGACAAAUAUGAGCUUCUAAUUCUGCUCUUGUAUUCCAAAAUCCCCCUGACUGCGAAAGAGGCACCCUUUGGUGCUUUGCUUGAAAUGCCAUUGAGUCCUCCUGUUGAGCAAAUGCCACUGUAGGAUUAGCUGAGAUUAAAACGAGUGUUUUCAACCUGAGAAAGUAGGGAAAAUAAAUCUUAACACCUCAGCAUGCUUCUGAAAGCUACUUUUCCCUCAUUAACACAAUGCCACUGUGGGAAAUGCUACAAGGCGGAAUGUAGGCUGAGGAAAACUCGAAUUAGCACUUAUAUUGUGAUUUAUUUUUGUGUCUAAUACUCUUUAGUCACAAAUAUGCUAAAAGGUGGACUGAAACAAGAAAACCAUUCCAACCUUUCUUCCUUUUUU